AUGUCGGAUCCGAACGAGCGUCCACCGCCUCUGCCCAUGCGGCCCUCGACUUACGAGCCAAGCCUGUCGAUACCACAAAUGUCAGGACCUCGGUCACCGCCGCUGCCCCCAAGACCAGCCGGAUAUGCCGCACCAUGGUCGACAUCGCAACAAUUUGUUCCGCCUCACGUACCACAAUACGCCCCUUCACAAGCAUAUGUCCCGUCGUCUUGGCCUAACUUCGGACAAGCUUCGCAGGCAGGGACCACGGCGACGGCCUGUCCUCCUGCACUGCCUGCGAGGCCUCGUGCCCCCCCUCCCCCCCUUCAUCAUGCCACGGCUUCGACAAACAUCGCGCACGGCGCGCCAGCUCCCGCCCCUCAGUAUCCUAAUGCCACACUCUACGGAGCGAAUGUGAACGCUGCUGCCUUUCAGCCUCCUGCGGGCCUGAAUAUUCCGAAGCCGGCAGGUCUUUCAGCCCGUAUCAAAACUGGCCUCCAAGAUGUCGAGCGCAUGUUCGCGUCCCUGGCGGUGGGACAAGCACCGCCAGUGGUCAGCCCACCUGUGGCUGCACCGCAUUCAUUUCCACCAUCCGAAGAACAUUCAGCGCCAUCCCUAGGCAGCGACUCUCCAUCGAAGCCGUUGAAUCGAUUUCCUACUGUAGGGCUUACAGCCUGUGUUGCGGAUCCUAUCGCGUUCUCUUCAACGUGGUACAUCCACGACGAUGCGCCCAACUUUCCUGUUUGCUCACGCUGCUUCGAGGACCACAUCCGGAAUUCUCUAUUUGAAUCGAACUUCAAACCGCGAGUGUUUGAUAGAGGUUGGCCCAGUGGGUGCAAAUUCAGCAAACCAAGGGUUAAAGACCAGUUAUUCAGGCGCGCCGUGGCUGACGGGUCUCUCUCGCUGCUGGUUGCCUUCAUGAAGUUGCGGCCAACGAUCGCGGACUGUAGAGGCGUGACGGGUGCUUUAGGAUCCGAAGGCAUCCGGUGGUUCCGCCUGAAAGAUCAAGCCAUCCCCGAGAUGGUUGUCUGCCAAGCAUGUUACGAAGACCAUGUGAAUGCCCGUCACUGGGCGGACAAGUUUGCACUUUCAACAACUCAGCCACCUGACGCGCAAUGGGCAUGCGAUAUGGCUGUUGAACACAUCCAGCACGAGUACCGCUAUCGAGCAGAUAUGGAUGAUUACCCAAACUUCGUCCAGCAAGUAAAGCGUCGGCUGUACAUGCCAGCUUGCGAGAAGAAGCUCGUCGUGCUUGCGCUGCACACAUGGUACGCUCCAGUCAAUGGCCCUAGGCAAGUUCUCGUCUGCGAGACCUGUUAUUGCGACAAAAUUGUGCACACUGGCGAGGAGGUCAGGUGGCGCAGGGUCGGCAACAUGCCAGCGGGCUACGGCAAUCAAGCCCAUUGCGCCCUUGGCCAUUUCAAUGUCCGUAUCGCAUGGGGUCGAAGCGAAGAUUGUCAGGACUACUCCAUUUUCUGGCAUGCCUUGCACGAAAUCUACCGCCAGCCCAAAUGCGACCCGAGCGGUAUGCGAGGAGCCAACUGGUAUACCCUGACAUCGCGACCCGCCAAUUUCGAGAUCUGUGGUGCUUGCUUCGCCGGUAUUGCCGAGCCCGCAGGCCUGUCAUCGCACUUCGUUCGAAGGACUGACGUUCCAAGUAACAAGACGCUCGUGUGCGACUUUAGCACCGGCAGCCCGCGGUUCUUGGCCUACAUAUCUAAAGCGCUCGAGGCUUACUACCUGCGCGAUAUAAGUCCGCUUGAGUCUUUCUUGCGCGACUACGCAAACAUGCCGGUGUGCCGGCGUGAUGAGGACUUUGAGGAUGGAGUCUGGUACGGCUGGGAGGACUGCACGAUUUGUCCGAGCUGUCACCACGAGUUUGUUAAAGAUACCGCCUUGGCAUCAAAAAUGCCGCUGCAGGGUGUCGUUCGCGAGGGCCACACGAUGUGUGAGAUGUAUAGCCCCAGAAUGCGUCGUCUGUAUGCGGAAGCGUGCGCACAGUCUCCCCCGAAUGCGGCGAACCUGUUGGCCAUUUCGGCCGAACGCAGAACAAUUUACAUCAAAACCAUGAUGGUCUGUCGUCGCAUGUUGAUUCAACAACAGAUACAGGCGCUACAAGCGCAGACGCUCGGUAUUCAGGGAUCAUUCUAUACGAAUAUGGGUCAUAUGCAGUCGAUCACGACGCCAUCACCAUGGGAGUAUAGCAUGGCCGGCGUCGGCUACGGCUUCGCCAACCAAAAUGAGCUGACGGGUGCUAUUUACAACAAACAAUCUUCGGAAAUGUCGUUGAAUGCGAUGGGUUCUGCGGCCAAUGUUGGACUGCUCGAGCAGCAGUGGAGAGCCGUCGAGUAG